AUGUCCAACGUUGCUCCUGGCGUCACUCCGGAUGCUCCGGCUCCCUCGGCCGUCUCGAACCGUCCGGACGUCAAGCGCGAUACCCACCCUUUCUCUCGUAGUCAGCUCGAAGUCCUCAUGACAAAGCGCUUCUUCUACAUCCAGUCGUUUGAAAUCUACGGCGGAGUGGGUGGUCUCUACGACUACGGACCCACCGGUGCCGCCCUGCAGGCCAACAUCAUCAAUCAAUGGCGCAAUCACUUUAUCAUCGAAGAAGAGAUGCUCGAGCUCGACACCACUAUCAUGACCUUGUCGGACGUUCUCAAGACUUCCGGACACGUCGACAAGUUUGCCGACUGGAUGUGCAAGGAUACCAAGACGGGCGAGAUCUUCCGUGCCGACCACCUCGUUGAAGGUGUGCUCGAGGCUCGUCUCGAGGGUGACAAGCAGGCGCGUGCCAUCGAGGCUGGUCAGACCGCCGCUGUUCCUGCUGAAGCAGCCAGCGGUGACAGCAAGAAGAGCAACAAGAAGAAGGUCAAGUCGUCGGCUGUCAAGCUCGACGAUGCGCUCGUCGACGAGUACACUUCGACACUGGCCCAGAUCGACAACUUUAACGGAGAGCAGCUUGGCGAGCUUGUCCGAAAAUACGACAUUCGCUCGCCCGAGUCCGGCAACGAGGUCUCGGAACCCGUCGAGUUUAACCUCAUGUUCGAAUCUUACAUUGGCCCUACGGGACAGAUCAAGGGCUAUCUGCGUCCCGAGACCGCACAGGGUCACUUUGUCAACUUCCAGCGCCUUCUCGAGUUUAACAACGGCCGCGUUCCCUUUGCCAGUGCGCAGAUCGGCAAGUCGUUCCGUAACGAGAUCAGCCCUCGUGCCGGCUUGUUGCGUGUGCGUGAAUUCACCAUGGCCGAAAUCGAGCACUUUGUCGAUCCAGAGGACAAGAACCACGAUCGCUUCGACGAGGUCAAGCAUAUCAACGUUCCCCUGCUCGCCAAAGAUGUGCAGGAGUCAGGAAAGACGGAUAUUACGAUCAAGACGAUUGGCGAGGCCGUCUCUGCCGGCAUCAUUGACAACCAGACGCUGGGCUACUUUAUCGGGCGCAUCUACCUCUUCCUGGUCAAGAUUGGUAUCGACGCUACUCGCUUGCGUUUCCGACAGCACAUGAGCAACGAGAUGGCGCAUUACGCCAGCGACUGCUGGGAUGCCGAGAUCCACACUUCGUACGGCUGGAUCGAAUGUGUCGGAUGCGCCGAUCGCAGCGCGUACGACUUGACGGUGCACAGCAAGCGGACCAAGAAGGACCUGGUGGUGCAAAAGGCGCACAAGGAGCCAAAAGUGUACGAUGCGCUGGUGCCCACGAUUGUCAAGAAGAACCUUGGACCCAAGUUCAAGAAGGACGCCAAAUUUGUCGAGGAGGCCAUCCUCGAGAUGAACCAGCAGCAGCUCGCCAAAUUGCAGAGGAAGCUCAAGAACGGUUCGGCUCGGUUGAGUAUCUGCACGGGAGAGACGUAUGUGCUGACCACAGACGUGGUAACGGUCGAGAUGAAGACGAUCCGCGAAACGGUGCGCGAGUUUACGCCCAACGUGAUCGAACCAUCGUUUGGUAUCGGACGCAUUUUCUACUCGUUGCUCGAGCACAGUUUCUGGACCCGCGCCGAGGAUCAGGAUCGCGGUGUGCUCAGCUUGCCACCGCUCGUGGCACCCAUCAAGGCAUCGAUCGUGCCCAUCAGCUCCAACGAAAAGUUGUCACCCUUGGUCAAGCAGGUGAGCCGGAAGCUGCGUUCGGCUGGUGUGGCUUCGCGUGUGGACGACUCGAAUGCCAGCAUCGGACGUCGGUACGCACGAAACGACGAGCUGGGAACUCCGUUUGCUUGUACGCUUGACUUUGCCAGUUUAAGCAAGGGCACCAUGACGCUGCGAGAGCGAGACACAACCGCGCAGCGCAUCGGACCCAUCGAUCAGGUGAUCGACGUCAUCCGUCAGCUAUGUGAUGGCAGUCUGGACUGGGAGGGCGCUUGCAAGAUUCUGCCCGAAUACUCUGGUCAGCAGGACGUCGAGGGCUGA